AUACUCUCCCUCUCUCCGAAUCUCUCCGACUCUCUUCUGUUUCCCGCCGGUCGUCGGGUCGGGUUGAAUCGCGCCAACCUCGAGAAAAUUUUCUGAGAAUCAAAUUCACAACCGACCGCUGCACCACGCGUCCGCGAUUCACGCCACGAAACAACCGUUAGCCGCGAACGAAUUAGCGUAAAUUGGUGCACCGAUCGACCGAAGAUUGCGUGAAUUAAUUCUGGUUUUCUUUUUUCGCUUUUUUGGCUCGGCGCGACCACGGUUUUCGCGAAGUAGUCUAAUCGAAGCAAACAAAUUACCGAUUUUAGUUGGUGGCGAAGGCGAUGGUGUGCUGAUACUAAGCAAACAACCGGAUUCCGUGGCUUGUUGGUGCAUGGUGCCGAUUUCGUUGAUGAGGUGUGUGCGGGAGGAAUUAGAGUUUCGAGAUGCCGAUAAUGUGUUAAACAACUGGCAACCCCUGAGUCACUGAGCGUGCUGCCAGUGUUCCGUGGCCUAGAUUUGUACGUGCGCGACAACGACAACGACGACAAGUGCAUGGUUUAAAGUAAAACGAUAUCAAUCAUUGGCCACCACGCGGGGUUGAUUCAUGGCGAAUAGAGGAGCGAGCGAGGGUGGUGAUGAUCUAGCUUAACAGCAGUUCAACCGUGUAUAUGUGUGUUUGGCGCAUCGAGCACGCGACUUGCCGCCAAGAGAUUAGUGCCAACCACCCCUGUCCCGGAUGGAACCAUUCGACGGAGGUUUGUUGAAGUGCUUAGCAGAAAGGUCCUGAUAAAUCCCGAUCGAUAUGGACGUUCGUAGAUCCAACAGUGCAACGAGAAUGUAGUGUGCUGCCGUGGGGGGAGUCGCAGCGCUUGGAAAGACUCCGAAAAACGCAAAAAAAAAAUAAACGCGACACCAACAACCGGCCCCGUUGACCGGCGGAGGCCAGCAGCAGUAUGUUCGAGGCGGAUCAGCUGCUGCUGCUGUCCGCAACACAGGGCAGCACCACCACGACGGCCACCACCACCAUCCAGUUCUGCCGGCUGUGCUUCAACCAAUCGACCACCACCGACCUCCGCCCGCUGUUCUCCGGCUCGGCGGCGGCGGCGGCGGCGGCGGCGGGGGCCAACAACAUUCCCAACAAGGCGUUGCUUCACAAAAUCUUCGACUGUACCACCAUAACGUUAAGCGACCGGGAUGAUCAUGACGCACGGAUCUGUGCCAACUGUAUCGUCAGCAUCGAGGCCUUCUACAAGUACAAAGCGCGCUGCGUCGAGAAUGAUCGGUUGCUGCGCGCCAAGCGGUUCAGCUUCUUCGCUGGCCUCGGUUUGGCGGCCGACUUGUGCUGGAGGGGAGGAGCAGAAGGAGCAGAACAUGAAGCAGCACCGGUGACACCCAGCAACCACAAGCGGCGGCGUGAUCCUCCGCCCCAGUACAAUCACCUGCACCACCAACGGCAGCAGCAGCAGCGCCAGGAGUCAGCUGGAGUAGCAGCAGCACUACUACCGCCACCACUACCAUCCGCGGCCGAUGAAGUGUUCGAUGUGUGCGACAGUGAGGACGAGCGGGAUGAUUGCAAACGGCAACGGACGGCAACGGAUGAUGAGCCCCUGCUCGUGGCGAGUGAUGGCGAAGAGUUGCCCCUGAAGCGGAGUAGAACGGCAAGCGUUAUUACGAAUGGCCAUCACAUCAAACAGGAAGAGGACGAGGAAGAGGUGGAGACGGAUGGGCGGAAGAAUGGAGUGACCGUACCGGAACACCGCCGGAAUGGUGACAACGGGUAUAUGGUCAACGGAACGCACCAACAGGCGCUCGAUGAGAUGGCAAAGGAUGAGGAAGAGGAUGAUGAGGAGGAAUACUUCAAUCCGGACCAGUUCCUAGCGCAGGAGACGCAGAUCGAAGAGGAAGAAGAGGUGGAACCCGAUCGAAAUGGUGUAAACCGGACACCACUCGGUGGUGGUGAUCGGUCAUCCGAUCCCAGCCAUGGUAACGUGGAUAUUGGCGCCGAAAUUAGCUUAUCCGAUAGUGAUGGCCAUCAUAUCGGUGGUCCGUUUGAGCGCCACCUGGCUGCAAGCUGGAAGAUGACGGAAUAUGCAGCCGCCAGCAGCGGUGGUCGUGGGGGUGGGGGCUUCGUUCACCAUCUAAUGACUCCCGGUGCAUCCGGAUUGCGUGCGCUCAAGAUCACCGACUACUCUAGUGUGACGGGCAAACGGGGACGGCCACAACGUUUUGAGACGGAUGCUUUCUUGGCGGCAGCGGCAGCAGCAGCGGCCGCAGCAGCAGCAGCCGCAGCGACCGGACAGCAUCACAAUCUGAUGGCAUUGCACGAGGAACUGGCACGAUUGCAGAAUGGUGGUGGAAUGCUGGACGGAGCAGCAGCGAGUAGGUUAGCGUUGCCGACGGUACCCGUCAGCAAUCACCAACAGCAACAGCAACAGCAACAACAAACACCCGUAAGUCGACCUCUCGGUCCAAAUGGAUCCAUCAUCGAGCAUACGAAGAAGGUCCAGAAGUUCCUGGA